AGUUGGCCCGGGCGUAGGCGAGUAUAUAGACUUCGGGAGAGGACACAUGAGGGAGUUGAAAGCUCCACGGGACUGUCGCUGUCCAGUUCAGUCUUCUCUAACCUUCGCUGCUCCACCGUAGAAGAAGUGAAGUGCACAUCGCCACCGCCAUGAGGACCCUCCGCCUGCUCUCCACGCUGUCGCUUCCGCUGCUCGUCCUCGCGCAAGCGCAGAAGCUCCUAACUUUCAAUGAGUCGCUCGCCGGCGGCUUCAGUCCGCAACGUACAGCCGUACAAUGGGUAACCAACGCGGCGAAUGCCUCCUCAGACGGGCUGUACAUCACCAGCGACGCCUCAGGCUCGCUGCUAUUCGUCAACAUCGUCGACAAUACGACGGAGACGUUCGUGGACGCCAGCGUUCUCGGGCUCGACUACUACGACUACUCCAUACAGCCGUCGCAGGAGAACGUGUUGUUCUCGGCGAACUAUACGAAGGGCUACAGACACUCGUACACCGCGGACUACUACGUCUUCAAUCGCGCCAGUGGCUCGGUCGAGCCGCUGGUUGACGCACAGGACGGCGAUGUCCAGUACGCUGAGUGGAGCCCCAAGGGAGACGUCAUCGCGUUUGUGAGGGGCAAUGAUCUGUACAUCUGGGAGGAGGGCAUAGUGAGAAGGGUCACCCAGGAUGGCGGGCCAGAUGUGUUCAAUGGCGUGCCGGAUUGGGUCUACGAAGAAGAAAUCUUCGGGAAUAGAUUCACCCUCUGGUUCUCGCCCGACGGAGCGUACCUCGCGUUCCUGCGGAUGAACGAGACGGGUGUGCCAACUUACACGGUGCCGUACUACAUGGCUGGUCAGGAAGUUGCGCCACCUUACCCACAGGAGCUCGAAAUUAGAUACCCCAAGGUCUCUGAGAAGAACCCGACGGUGACCUUCCACCUGCUGGAGCUCUCCACGUUCAAAGUCUCCGAGAUCGAACACGACUCGUUUGCGCCGGCCGAUCUGAUCAUCGGCGAGGUGUCGUGGGUGGCCGACGCGCACGAGAACGUCAUAUUCCGCACGUUCAACCGGGUGCAAGACCGCGAGAAGCUUAUCCUCGUUGAUGUCGCUGCGGGCACGUCCAAGGUCAUGCGCGAGAGGGAUGGAACCGACGGCUGGCUGGAUAACAACAUGAGCAUCCAGUACGUCGGCGCGCUCAACGGCAGCAGGAAAAAGUACUACAUCGACCUCUCGGACCAUACCGGCUGGGCACACCUCUACCUCUUCGCCGUCGCCGGCGGCACUCCGGCGAAGGCACUCACGAGGGGGGAGUGGGAAGUCACCUCCAUCUUGAAGAUCGACACUGCGCGCGGGCUGGUGUACUACCUCUCGACGGAGCGGCACUCGACCGAGCGGCACGUAUACUCCGUCUCGUUGCUUUCCGGCAAGAAGACCUCGCUGGUGGACACGACGCGCGACGGGUACUGGAGCGCAUCCUUCUCAUCUGGCGGGGGGUACUACAUCCUGACCUACGCCGGCCCACACGUGCCCUACCAGCAGCUCUACAGCGUGUCCUCGCGCACGCCGCUGGCCACGCUCACCGACAACGCGCAGCUGAAGGCGCAGCUCUCUUCCUACCGCCUGCCCACAACGCGCUACCACGUCCUCCGCCACCCCGCAGGCUACACCCUCAACGCGCGCGAAAUCCUCCCCGCAAACUUCAACCCGCAGAAGAAGUACCCCGUGCUCUUCGACCCGUACGGCGGGCCCGGCGCACAGCAGGUCAGCAAGGCGUUCGUGACGCCCGCGUGGCGCCACUACAUCGCAUCCGAUCCCGAGCUGGAGUAUAUCGUUGUGACGGUAGACGGGCGGGGCACGGGGUUCCAGGGACGCAAGUUUAGGUCCGCGGUGGUCAAGCGGCUGGGAGAGCUCGAGGCGCAGGAUCAGGUCUGGGCGGGAAAGGUGUGGCAGGCGAAGAGCUAUGUUGACGCCCGCCAUAUGGCCAUCUGGGGCUGGAGCUUUGGCGGGUUCUUGGCGGCGAAGGUCGUCGAGCUCGAUAGUGGCGUGUUCUCGCUGGGGAUGAUUACGGCGCCGGUUUCUGACUGGCGUUUCUACGACUCAAUGUACACAGAGCGAUACAUGAAGACAUUGUCAUCGAACCCGUCGGGGUACAUGUCCUCAGCGGUGACCGACCCAGCGGGAUUCAAGCGGAUCCCCGGCAGCGUUCUGAUCCAGCACGGCACGGGCGACGACAACGUGCACUUCCAGCACUCGGCGGUGCUGGUCGAUACGCUGACGCGCACUGGCGUCCCCCCGCAAAAGCUCGAUGUCCAGUGGUUCACCGACAGCGACCAUAGCAAUAACUUCCAUGGCGCCACGAGGUUCCUGUAUAAGCAGCUCACUGGGAAGUUGUACGACGAGAAGAGGAGGAGCGGGAUGGGGGGCGAGCAUCAGUGGAGUCGUCGGGCAGGUGCGAAGGGAUGUAGUGCAUGCAAAUAGUAAUAGCCAAAGUCACCGAAAUAGUUAAUGGAUUGCGUGGAAUUGUAUCAGU